ACCAUUGCUAUAUAUUUGUGUGCACAUAACUUACUGUGAUUUUGUAUGCACGAUAGAUUUAAAAUAAAAACAAUAACUUGGUUCAAUUUCGAAAAGUUCUAGCGACGACAAAAAAGAUGGUUUUAAUAGCCAUUGAUAAGUACAGCAGAAAAAUUCUUGGUUAUUUAUGUAAAAAUGACCAGAAUGUGGCUUACUGUUGCAGUGAUUGUGAUGUUGAAUUCACAACAGCUCAAGACUUGGAAAAUCACAUGGUAAUGCAUGAAAUGGUCGAUAGUAUUCAUUCAAACGAAGAGAACAACGACACAGAUGCAAUCAGUGAAGCUGAUAUCCCGUUGAAUAUUGUGUUAAGCGAUAUCGAGAGGGAAAAACAAUUGAAGAUGAAAUAUCAGGUUACACCGUGCAGUGUGCAAAUAUUCCGUUUUGAUAAUGAUGACAUUAAUAUGGAUUUGAAUACAUCAGUCAUAAGUGCUGAAAAGAAUAACGAUAAGGAGAAUAUUGUUGUAAAAUUUGGCGACACACAAUGCGAGACCGUAAAAGAGCCAUCCAAGCGACCAGGUCCGGCAUCCAAGAAAAACUUGGUGAACAAAAGACAAAAACUCAUGAACAAAGAAAUGAAAAAAGUUGUGAAAAAACAAUCACCACCACCGGUAUGCUAUCUUUGUGGUCAAAAGUUUCAAACACAACUCGAAUGCGAUCAGCAUUCAAAAAUUCACAUUCAGAAUAGCUCCAAUUCACCUGUUUUUCCGUGCAGCGUUUGUGGUAAGAAUGUAAAAAAUUUGAAAAUGCAUUUACGUCAACACAAACAAGGAAACAAGAAAAAUUCCUCAGCCAACAGCGCGGCCCAAACAAGAACACCAACAAAAAAACCUUUAGCGGUUAAAACCAUUAUUAAAAUGAAUGAGUUUGAAUCUAACGAUACAAAGGUUGAAGAAGCAUCCAGUUCAACUGAUGCAGUUAUCACUGGUCUCACAACUUAUAAAGAGCCUGAAAGUGAUGUAUCAUCCAAUGAGUUAUUGACUGAAACACAAGACAUGCAUUCACAGUGCAGACUGAAAGAUGGGACCAUCAAUGUGUCGCAAUCAAUGAACCAAAUGCCUCCGCCAGCUGAUCAUACAACAUCAUCGAAAUGGCCCCCUAUCAUAGUUGAAGACUAUCCAAUUAACCAUGACAUAUGUGUAGCGAAGGAGCUAACAAAUGAAGAAGAACCAACGCAAUCCACCCAGCAAACAUUUGCUGUUACUGAUGAAAUUCAACCAAAUCAUCAUAUGGAUGAAACAACAGCAUCUGGCAACCCCGUUGAAGAAACCGGAAAAAAAGAAAAGAAAAAGUGGCUAUGUGAAGUUUGUAACAAGCAUGUUUGUUUUAGUUACAAACGAACUCAUAUGAAAAGAUAUCAUAGCCCAACAACUGCCAAUAACAUUCCAAUUAAGGAACAGUAAUAUUUAUGACCUCAUCGAACAUUCAAACAUGUCAAUACAAAUAAUAAAAAUUCCAUGACGUUUUUUUCUACUACACUGUGUGCGACAGAAAAUAGCUAAUUUACCUAAAUCUAAGCAUAUUACAAAUAAAAAAUGAUUAAUGAAAAAUUAGA